AAUAGUCAUGUUGGAUUUAUCGAGUAGUCACAGACCGAUAGAUGGUGAGCCCCGUCACGGGUUUUGGUUGCUAGAAUUAAUCGUGAAGUUCAGCUUCACAGACCUUCAUACAACAACGUCAAUUAGAACUAAGGGACGUAACAUCAUGACGUUACUAUACGUUGUCUACCUUCUGAUGGUGGGGUGUUCGGCGACGCUGUAUCAGGGGCUGUUUUCCGGGGCGCCAUCCUGCAGGAAACAACACGUGUUUGAUGAAGUCAUUGUUGGGAUUGUACCAGUGUCCACUCUCGCUGAGUGUGUCCUGGAGUGUCUGGGGUACCCCAAGUGCCUGUCCUUCAACUACUGCACGGUCGACAGCGUCACCACGUGUCAACUCUCCACAGAACCUACCGACGGCACGUGUGAUCAACUCAAGCCUAAACCUGGAUGUAACUAUUACGAGAAGGCAGCUGUGAGUAUGGUGUCCACUGCUAAAGUGUCAAAGUACAGCCUGCAUUGAAGACAAGGCCAUGGCCGUUAGCUGGAGCAGACGACAGUUGGCGGAAACAGCUGGAUCUGUAAAUAUGUGUGUUUAUAACAGAAGUACAUUGUGUAUAUCAAUCCUCAUUAGCAACGGGGCGGUCGGGUAGCCUAGUGGUUAAAGCGUUCGCUCGUCACGCCGAAGACCCGGGUUCGAUUCCCGAUAUGGGUAUAAUGUCUGAAGCCCAUUUCUGGUGUGCCCCGCCGUGAUAUUGCUGGAAUAUUGUUAAAAGCGGCGUAAUACCAUACUCAUUCAUUAGGAACACGCAUUAAAAAUGAAGUUUUCUAACUACUGUGGAUACUCUUAAGAAACAUCGGCAUGAACAUCGCGUCUUUGGACGGAAGACAAUGGACGGUCCACCUGAAGAGGAAGAAUCCAUGGAACAGAGGUCUGUGGUGGAGUCAUUUGUGACCAACUCGUGUUAUUCCGGGACAAGCCGAAUAGUGACUCGUGCCCCUAUCGUGGCCGUUUGUGCGACGGGGUUCCGUCUAAGAGCAAAGGGGCAUAGCUAAAAGAAUUGUCAACUCGUUGCGUAUAUUCACGUAUAUUUUCCCCAUGUAUUAUUAUAUAUAACAUGUAAUUUAAAGCACAUCGGGACAUGCGGUAUUAUACAGUAUGACUGAACACAUUUAACUGUAUCUUGGGUAUAAUUCUAGAUGCAAAGCAUAUGUA